AGGUGGAGUAGCUUAUCAAGCCCAAGGAUCAGCACGACAACAAGCCAGACAAGAAAUCUUAUCAUCUGAACUUAAACUAUCAAAUCAAUUAAAACCUAUCAUAUCAAAUGAUUUACCACCAGAUGAAGAUGAUGGAUUAUAUCAUGGUGCUUCAUCACUUAAACAUCAAUUACCAAAAGGUUCUGCAAAGUAUGGUCCAAUCAAAGGUGGACCUGAUAAUGUUAGAACGAUUACUGUUGUAGAUUAUCAACCUGAUGUUUGUAAAGAUUAUAAAGAUACCGGGUUUUGUGGUUUUGGUGAUACAUGUAAAUUUUUACACGAUCGUAAAGAAGAGGAGGAAGAGGUUCCAUUUGCUUGCUUGAUCUGUCGGCAACCCUUUACGGAUCCGAUCGUGACUAAAUGUCAACAUUACUUCUGUUCAGGCUGCGCUAUCAAACGAUUUGCCAAGACACCUAAAUGUUUUGCUUGUGGCGCUCCUACGAGUGGAAUCUUU